AUGGCCAACGUCGCGACCAUGGGUCCCCCGCCCUCACCCAAGGAACCUCGACGCUCCGGGCGACGUCCAAUGCCCUCCUCCAGCAAGUCCCCCGCCGGCUCGCCACCGUCGGAGGCGGUCCCCAAGCCCAAGGAGCAAGCCAGUAAGCCAUCGCUCAACCACACACACAGCAACGGAAGAACCAAACGCGCCAAGAACGAGGACAUCGACGAGCCUCUGGAGGAACUGCCCAAGAACGGCGUCAACGGCAACGGCGGGGCGUCGCGCUCAAAGCGCAAGGGCAAAGAGAAAGAAAAGAUGGCCCUCGUCGUGACAAUACCUCAGAACGAGAACCAGGAGAACCUCGAGCUCGUUGGUGACGAUGGCGUGGGGGAGACUGGGGAGGAUGAGGAGGAGGGGGGUGUCACCCGUUGCAUCUGCGAAGACGAGGGCGACCAGGGCGAAUUCAUGGCUCAAUGCGAGGAGUGCAAGGCGUGGCAGCAUGGCGUGUGUAUGGGGUAUGCCGAACCCGACAUCGUGCCUCAGCACUACUUCUGCGAGCAGUGCAGACCUGACCAGUGGACGGAACUCAUCGAGCAAUGGGCCGUUAAGCGAGCCCGUCACUCCUCGACGCGUUCACACCCCCCAACGACGCCCUUAGUGGCCAAUGCGACGCGGGAUUCUCGCUCGCACUCACCCACCGUUCUCAUGAAGGCUCCGAAACGCCGGAACACGAUGAACAGUCGCGACGCUGCGUAUGAAGAGAGCGUGCAGGCACUGAUCGAAGCCACCAAGUCCGAGGCUGGCAUAUUCGACCUCCUCCCCCGUACUCCGGUUUCUGCGGUCAGUGUCAAUGGGUCUACAAACGGACACCCACAUCCGGAUCACGACACAGAGUCGGUGACAAAUCCGAAGAAGAAGAGGAAGAGGACAGAUGAUGACGCGGCGUCGGUCAAGCGGACCAGAUCUGCGUCCAUUACCUCUGAUCGGCCACCGCUAUCUGCGCUCCCGCGCGACCCGACACCGCAAAGCGCGCCGAAAAUCCCUCCCCCUCCUGCUCCCACCGCAGGCGCAGCGCGAACGGCGAACGCGCGCAACAAACGAAAUGCCUCGCGUAAAUCGCAGGCACAGGAUAUCGCGUCGGUGGACGGGGACGAAGCUGGAAGCGGUGCGCCGAAUCGCAGACAGGCGAGCAACAACCGCGCCAAAGCCACGAACGGUCCAGAGCACCAUAGUCGGCGAGCACAGGGCAACGCGGUUGCCAGCGGGCCCGGCGGAAACUCGGCUGCCGCGCGUGCAUAUCAUAACUCCCAUGCAUACGUCGUGUCGCAGCAGCCACUCUUCACGUCGUGGAACCUGCCCGACUACCUCGCUCACCUCGAACCCAUGCUACCCACCGACGUCCCUCGCCCACUCGAAGUCCGGGGCUCCGUGCUCGACGGAAACUCCCGCGAGUCGCUGGAGCGCACAACAGAACGCGGGGUGAAAGUGAAGUGGCCGAGCAAACGCAUGAGCGUGGGCGACAUGAACAAACGUGUCCGGUCGCUCGUGGAAUGGGUGGGGCGAGAGCAGGCGGCGGCGAUGGAGCGGAUGCGGAGGAAGGAAGCCUUGGAUAAGGUCCUCCAGGAAAACCGGGCGCAUGACGGCGCCGCGGCUACGCUGGCAGACGCCGGGGCCGACGGCAUGGACUUGGACGGCGCUGCCAGCGAAAACCCCAUUUCGCGAGAAAAAGCAGCACCGCCUUUCGACCCUGCUGCUCUCGCGCCAGCUCUGGGCGCCACGAGCGAGGAUGCGACGAUGAAGAUGAUGGAGGAAUUGAUGGAGGAACUGAUCAGGUUCCAAGAACGGUUUGGGCCAGGUGCGAAGACGAAGGAGAGAGAUCGCCGUGGGGUGACGCUCUGA